GAGCUCAACACUAUUGGAUCAGUGAGUGUGUGUGUGUUUUCCAUCCAGUUCACAGUGCCGCACCCUGUCUUCUGCGCGUAAAUCCUCCCACAUAGCGACACCAUCACUCAGCCCGUUUGCCCCAGCAGUAGUAGUAAGGGAAGAAGGUGGCACCCCUCGGACUGGUUGGACUCAGAGAUGGGAGAGGAGCGGUGCAGGUUCGGUCUAUGACACUGACACACUGGCCGGGAAGGAUGGCUCUCAGCAGCCGGGAAAUGUUGCGCUUGAUCGGAUCCGCCUGCCUCUGGCUGUCGCUGCUGGCGGAGGUCGUGGCCCAGGACAGUUAUUUAAACGAGGUGCAGAACUCAGUUCCUCUGUCCUGCUCUGAGGGGUUCACAGAGCUGGGGUAUUACAACGGCACUGUGUCCCAGACAGACUCUGGAGCCCCCUGUUUGAAGUGGACAGAAUUUCCUGACUAUGUGAUGCAGUACCCGGGUCGUGGGCUCGGGGACCACAGUUACUGUAGAAACCCGGACCGUGAGUCCAAUCCUUGGUGCUUCUUCAGACAAAACUCAGGAGCCAUUGGGUGGGCUUAUUGUGACUGCCACCAAGGUGCGGUCCGUCUGGUUGGGAGUUCUGUAUCUGGCAGUGGGCGUGUUGAAGUUUACCUGAAUGGCCAGUGGGGGGCGGUGUGUAACUCUCACUGGACAGACCGAGAUGCCAGUGUGAUUUGUCGUCAGCUCGAUGUGGGUGACAUUGGCACCACACUGCAGCACUCUCAAUUUGGCUCCGGCUCCGGCCUCUUUCACUACGAGCGUUUGGGUUGUCAUGGAGAUGAGGACACCCUGAGUAAGUGUCGGAGCAGGACGUUCGUCACCGGUGACUGUAGCCAUGGAAACGAGGCGGCAGUAGUGUGUGCACCACCAGAAGGUACCGGCCCUCCACUGCGAUUGGUCGGAGGCGAGGAAGACUUUGAAGGUCGUGUGGAGGUGUUUCAUGCAGGACGGUGGGGCUCCAUUUGUGACGACCAGUGGGACGACAGAGACGCAGAGGUGGUGUGCAGACAGCUCGGGUUUGGAGGUGUAGCAAAGGCCUGGUCCUGGGCCCACUAUGGUCAGGGUUCAGGCCCAAUUCUGCUGGAUGCUGUAAAGUGCACCGGGAAUGAGCUGUUCCUGGAUCAGUGCCCCCACGGUGACUGGGAGCAGCACAACUGUGACCACAUGGAGGAUGCUGGGGUCUCCUGCAGCCCUUAUACAGAUGGGGUGGUGCGGCUGGUUGGAGGAGACAGUCCCUGGGAGGGCCGGGUGGAGGUGCUCCACAACGGAGACUGGGGGACGGUGUGUGAUGACCACUGGUCCCAGCAGCAUGCAGAGGUGGUCUGCAGACAGCUGGGCUACAGAGGUCAUGCUGAGGUCGUAGCAGACAGGACGUUUGGUGAGGGCGUUGGUCUGAUCCUCCUGGAUGAUGUCCACUGUGAGGGGUCGGAGACGUCCCUGCUGGACUGUAGACAUGGCAUCUGGGGACGGACUGACUGCUCCCACAGUGAGGACGUGGGUGUUCGCUGCAGAGGGAGAUCCAGCCAGGAGACCAAUGAAGUGCCGGUCAUUGCUCCUUCCACAGGCCCCCUGGUGCGUUUGGUGGGUGGCAGCAGCAGGAAGGAAGGUCGAGUCGAGGUGUAUCUCCAUGGAGACUGGGGAAGUAUUUGUGAUUCUGGCUGGAACGACCUGAACGCCGCCGUGGUGUGCAGACAGCUCGGACAUAGUGGUGGAGCGGUGGCAGCUGGAGGGUUUGGUCAGGGGAAAGGACCCAUCCACCUGGACCAGGUGAGGUGCACAGGGAAGGAGGAGUUUUUGGGAGAAUGCCCCUCACUGGGUCAGAACAUCCAGGGCUGCAGACGCAGAAAGGAUGCAGGGGUGAAGUGCGACGUCGCACCUCGAGGGGCAUCGAAGAAGACCAAGCCUCAGGAGCUGAGCUGUGGGCUGAGGAAGCUAGUAGAGGAAGAGGGGAAGGAGAGGAGCCAAAGAGAGGAGAACAUGCUCAGGACCACUUGGCCAUGGCAGGUGUCGGUGUGGCUCCAGUCUCAGGAGGUGGUCGGUGGCCCCCUCUGCAGCGGGACUUUGAUCAGCCCUUGCUGGGUGCUGACGUCUGCAUCCUGUCUCACCAGGUUUGGCAGCGAUCCGUCCAGGUACGUGGUUCGAGUCGGAGCGUCUGAGCAGAGUCUCACCCCAGAGAGGGUGGUGGUUCACAAGAAGUUCAAGGGUCAGAGUGGAGGUCAUGAUUUAGCAAUGCUAAAGCUGCCCAGCACCAAGGGUCACUGCCUGACCUUUGCACCCAAGACUAAUGCAGCAUGUCUUCCUGCUGCUGAGGCUACAGCAAGAGAAACAACUCCAUCAUCGUGUGUUGUCAUGGUUACUACAAGCUGGUCAGGUCCAGAUUCUGUUGUGGCCUCCUGGGUCCCUCUGAUGUCGUCAUGGCAAUGCAAGAAGCGCUAUGGCAACAGCUUCUCCAGUCAUGGCACACUAUGUGCUGGCAGCCCUCCAGACACCAGCCUCCUCCAUAGUGACGGUUGCCAGGGCAACUCGGGAGGCGGACUGGUGUGCCAGGAGGAAGAGAGCCGAUGGGUCCUCGCAGGGCUUGUUGCCGGGGGUUACGGCUGCUCCGACCCAUCCUCUCCAGCUCUGUACACCCGAGUCAGCCGCUUCAGGAGCUGGAUCGAUGAAGUCAUGGACUUACACGGGCGUCCUGAGGAGACGCACACUCUCACAACGCCACAAACUGACCUGACACAUGCCGACAGUGACCUUUCACACAUAUACGACAGGAAAGAUGAGCCUUCCCACACACAUGGCAAGCUCAAACACACACAUGCACACCCUAACCAGCAGCCUCAUGUUAAAAGCACACACACGUUCCACACAGAGGAUGUGGAUAAAAAACAACAAAUGGUCUGAUUGGGGCUGUGCUGCUGGUUACCACUUGUGCCAUGUGACCACCAGAGGAGGAGAUUCUCCAACUUAAAGUUUCAUUCAAACCUGAAUAAGAUGUGUUGAAAGUAUUUUUCAUUGUCAAUUUGUUUUUGUGAGGCGGAGCAGAGACUGGUGGCUUAUUUAGGUCAAGCCUGACCAGUUAAUCAGCAUGCUAUCCAGGACCUUUUACCGAUAAAGAACUGAAAAAUCAGCACAGCAUGAUUUAAAGGACAGUAGAGUUCAGAAAAAAAAUCCAAGGGGCAUUUCAAAGAUGGUCACACAUGAAUCUAUGCUAAUACCAUCCAUUCUGUGUCCUCUGUUUGACCUAUUAGGAAUCUAACCAACAAAAUGUGUGAUAUUUGUGCAGGAUGUGCAUCAUCUCUGCCCCUCUCCUGAUGUAGAUAAACUCCUGCAGCAGGAGAGGCUUGUCUUCAAAUUAGCGCUUUAUAAAACGUGUGUUUAUUUUUCAACAGGGCUUAUCUUAUCAGGGUGUUGUCUUAUACCUUAGCUGGUGAAGAGGCUGUAGGGAGCUCAGCUCUUUAACUCAGGACCAUACCACAGAUUCUGCAUGUUUUAUCACAUUUAAUUAGUUUGCUUUUGGCUGAAUGGUGCAAAUUUUACAUGGAAAUUACUAAAAAUUAGGUCAAGCAUUCAGGGUGUGUUCAUUGUAAAGAGUGGCAGAAGUGACAAAGGGAGUGAUUUUUGAGUUUGCUCACAUUUACAAGCACUUUUCGUUUGAACUGAGGUUUGUCUUCAAAAAUAAAGAAAAGGCCCAGCUACAUUUAGUCUGACCUUUAGGAAAGAAGGUGAAUCAACUCAGAAUAACAAAAACACAAGGAAGUGAGGGAUAGGAAACAGGGUUUGUAUAAAACACAUGGAGCCCAGUUCUGAUGUAGUCUGGGCGAAACUCAGAAUAAAGGAAAAACAACAUUUUAUUCCUGUAAUUCUCUAAACUAAACGAAUUAAACAGCGGCUCUACCUCACACCGCCUCCUAUUAUAAGCUGCAUUAUCAUUUCAUCAGUUCUCUACAGUGUAUGUAAAUUAGCUGUAAAGUCCCUCUAGUGUUCAACACGAAGCACUCGGCCAGUCUGAAUUCCCCCUUUUGUGAGGCCGUCGCUGCAGGCCUCGCCUGGAGCGUUGACGGCUGACGUUUUGUGAGAAACAAAAAACAGAUUUUUACAUGAUGGCUUUAAAUGUGGAGUGCAGCUUGUCAGAAAUGCAUGCACAGUUCAACCCAUUUAAUCUGCAUAAGGAAGCAGAAACACAACUCAGUUUGGCAAGUGGUUAAAUGUUCUGAAACAUGCAAAAACGUUGGUAUGGUCCUUUGAAUGUGUUCAGAAGCUAUUGAAGCCAUUUAAAGCCGACUGCCGGGUCAUAUUUAUGUUCUUUUGUACUGCUUUAGAUAGAAACCGUAGAUAGAUGCUCAGAUAGUUAGCUUUGUAGAUAAUAAAUAGCCUCCCUGAUGAAGUGGUGUGAGCAGAGAUGUUGAACCAGCCAGAAGAUGGCGCUGUUUCUCUUUCUAACAGGGCUCCCUAUUAAAGUCCCUGGUGAGUUUGUUUUUCUAAGGUUGUUCUACGUGUUUUGGACCUGUGAUGUUCUGUGAGUCCUUGUGUCGUGAAGCAUCUUGUUACCUGCUGCCACCGUCCUCAGCCUGCUCUUCUGAUUCUGUACAUAAGUUCCCAGUUUCACCUCCCCAGACUCGAUGUUCUGCUACGUAGAAGCUCCAAGUUCAUGUGAAUACAGCUUGUCCAUAAGAUGUGAGGCUGCAGAGUGAAAAUGCUCACUCUGAACCCGUCAGCUGUUCCGUGGUGUUCUGUGCUGAAUCAUGGUGGAGUAUUAAAGCAAAAACCUGAUGAGAACAA